AUAUGGCGCUGAAUCGUUUGUGCGUGCUGCGACCUCUGCUGUGUCAGUCCCUGGUGCGACACCACAGCUCCCCCCGCCCAGUCACCUCAGGGGUCAGAGUGAGACCGCCUCUCUGUCCUGGCAGCCCCCAACACCCCGCUGCCGCUGCGUGCAUCAGGCUCUACGCCACCAAGAAGGCAAAAGCAAAGGCGAAGGCAAAGGGCCAGUCGGUUAAGGUGAACAUUAAUUCCUCUCUGGUGGAWGACAUCAUCAAUCUGGAGGAAGUGCAGGAGGACAUGAACGCUGUUCUCUCUGCACUCAAUGACGAGUUCACUCGGAGCCUCAACAUCCGAACUUCGCCAGGGUCUUUGGAUCACAUCGUGGUGACAACUCGAGAAGGGAAGUUCCCCCUGAACCAUCUGGGCCAGAUCUCCAUGAAGUCACCUCAGCUCAUUAUGAUCAACAUGAGCAGCUCCCCUGAAGCCAUCUCAGCGGCCGCCCGUGCCCUGAGAGAGACCAACAUGGAACUAAACCCAGAGGUGGACGGGACCAUCAUCAAGGUGCCUGUUCCCAAAGUGACACGAGAACACAGAGAGAACCUCGCCAAGCUGGCCAAACAGUUGGCCAACAAGGCUAAAGACUCCCUGAGGCAUGUGCGCUCGAAUGCURUCAGCCAGGUGAAAAAGGCUAAAGAGGGAAACUCUGAAGACACGUUACGGCUCAUAGAAAAACAGAUUCAACAGAUGGCAGACAAUGUAACAGUGGACAUCGACAAACAGCUUGCAGCCAAAACCAAGGCGUUAUUAGGCUGACAGGACUGAUCUGAAGGUCUUCACUUUGAUGUUUCUGCACUGAUUUGAGGAUCUAUCCAACAAACAGCAUCGUGUUUAAUAAUUGGCAAUGAGUGGAUCAAGUCAAUGAGGUACUUUCUGACUUACACGCAGAAACACUUUGGUGUUGCCACUCUUUUUUUUUGGGACCCCCCUCCCCCUCUGACAGAAGCUGAGCCUUUUGUUCCAGACCACAUUGUUGGUACUCAUCGCCGCUGUGAGUUAUCUGUGUCCGGCUGCGUUAAGUGCACGAUCCAGAAACGACGACGACACUCCCUGUCACCUCCCUCCUCCUGUUUUACUCUUCCCGUCCUCAAACUGUGGAAAAAUAUAAAAAAGUGGUAGGAGGGGGGGACGGAUGGACUUUUAAUGGGAUUUGUGGGCCUCCUCCUAAUCAAACCCCCUCACCACAAGGUUUGUCUGUUUAUACAAAGCAAGCGCGCCCCGUCCGAAUGUAAACCGGCUGCGGGUUUUUCUUGGUGGCAAAACAGAGACUUCCAGGUCGUCUGAGCAGACACGGUUAGCGUGCUGCCAAACAUUUGUUUCGCAUUGAUUCCAAAGUGUAUUAUAAAUGCAUUCGGGGGGGGGG